AUGGAUUACCCUUUGGAACAAUCUUUGGACCUGCUAUCAGAGCGGCCCAGCCUCUCUCCCCUCCCUCUGCUCGAUAAACCUGGGGUGAACCACACCUCCACCGCCUCUUCUCCACUCCUCCCCUCUGGAUCUUCGUUAACCCUUUUACCAAACUCCUCCUCCUCCUCGUCCUCUUCCUCCUUACCUUACCACUUGCUCUCCUACACCUUCUCGCCUAACGACUUGGCCGACCUGGAGAGCAAACUCCUGUGGACCCUUCACGAGCCCAGCACCAUCGCCCUGACCGCCAUGUACUGUGUGUCCUUUGUCUUGGGGUUCAUCGGAAACCUGAUGUCCCUGCGCGUGCUGACCAACCGGCACAGUCGGCGGCUGGCGGGGGUCAGUGCCACGCGGAACCUGCUGGUGAACCUGGCGGUGUGCGAUCUGGCCGUGGUGUGCGUGUGUAUGCCCAUCACCCUGGGGAGUCAGAUCUACACGGUGUGGGUGUACGGAGACUUCCUGUGCCGAGCAGUGCCCUUCACACAGGCCAUCUCUGUGUCGGCCAGUGUCCUGACCCUCACAGUGAUCAGUGUGAACAGAUACUUCAGCGUGCGCUCUCCUCUCCGCGCUCGCUCCAUGUUCACACGGCGUCGGAUCCUGCUGACGGUGGCUGUGGUGUGGGUGGUGUCGUCGGUCAUGUGCGCCCCACUGGCCGUCAUGAACCGCCGCAGGGAGAUCAGCUUUGAGACCUUCGCCAUCCUGGUGUGCCACGAGGAGUGGCCCGAGCAGCGCCUCAAACAGGGGUACAACGUGCUGCUGUUCGUCAUGCUCUACUGCCUACCCGUGACCUUUAACCUCACCAUCGGCUUCCUGACUGGGCGUAGACUGUGGGGCGGGCACAAAGCCACCUUCUCUGACCUGGACCCGCGCAGCCAGGCCUUACACGACUCCCGCCUCAAAAUGCGCCAGAAAAUCGCCAAGAUGGUGGUGUGCCUGGUGCUGCUGUUCGCCGUGUCCUGGCUGCCGCUCUACCUGGCCGACCUGCUCAUCGACUGGGAGGAAAGUCCGCCAUCUUGGCUCCUCCAGGCCCGCCCCUUCGCCCAGUGGCUCGGCCUCACCAACUCUAGCCUUAACCCAAUCUGCUACUGCUUCAUCGGGGACCUGUACCGCUCGGCCAAAGUCAUCCGGACGCGCUACUACCAGAAAGUCGCCGCCCUUUUUGGAUCGUCCACGUUCUCCAAGUCGACAGGCCGUGGGCUCGCCUUCCAUGAGGAUCGGAGACAGUAA